AUGAAUAUCAAUGAGUCGUCCAUAUUAUCCGAGUUCGACAAGCUUGUCAACUCUGGCAUUGUCCAAUACAAUGACCAGCAAGAAACGAUUGAUUACGUUGAUGGAGAUCUUAAGUUUCAAUUUUGUCUCACAACUGCUCUCAUAAAAAAGCCAACCCUUCAGUCAAAAUCAGAGAAGGAGCACGAUGAACAGAGACGAGAUGGAAGCGAUAUCAGCACUGUAGGCUUUGAGAUUGGCGAAAUCAACGGCACGCACGUUCUGAUAGCAAACAAAUUCUGCUAUGCCAGACCGCAUCUCAUGCUCGUAACUUCUGAUGGACAUCAGAGGCAAUAUGAAGCUCUAGAUCUGAAUGAUCUGAGCUCAGCGUGGCUUAUCAUAUCCACAAUGGAUAGAGAUUAUGUCGGCUUUUUCAACUGUGGCCAGGAUGGAGGCUGCAGUCGACUGCAUAAACACUUGCAAUUUAUCCCAACGCCACAAAACCUUUUUGCAUCCUUUUUGGACUCUAAUGACCCGGAACCCAAAGUGCCCUUCCACUGGUUCUAUCGCCGCUUGGAUGCUCAGACUACGCCAGAAACUUUGCUGAAGAUAUAUACCGAGCUUCUUGAGCAAUCUACUAAGAUAUGGGAAGGUUGCACUACACAUAAUGCGGCUGUUAGCCCCAACGCUGCAUGCCCCCAUAACUUUAUCAUCACAAAGCGUUGGGUGGUUGUGCUGCCGAGGCAACGCGCUGCAAUAAAUGGAGAGGCCGGUGUCAAUGCGAUUGGCAUGCUGGGUUACAUUGUCGUUUCUACUCAAAAGGAGAUUGAUAACUGGAUACGGAUUGGGUUGACAGACUCACUGAAGGUAGUUGGCGUGCCCAAAUGGGAGGUCUGCAAGCAGUAA